AAUCAUAAACCUAUACUCAAAAUAACUUAUUUUGAUAGGAUAUUUUGUAUAAUUUUUUAUUAAUAAUGAACAAAUACAAAAUAGAUAAUGAAGUAUUAAUUCAAGCAAUACGUGCUCAACCUCAAUUAUGGGAUACAAGACUUAAGUCAUAUAGUCACAAAUCGGAAAAACAAAUUGGUUGGCAAGAAGUCGCUGAUGAUGUCGGCUCUACUGUCUCUGAUUGUAAGAGCAGAUGGAAAACUUUACGAGAUUCUUUCAUUCGCCAAUUACGAAAUUUGCGUCGACAAGGGGUGCCGGAUGAUUCACUCACAUCACAAUGGGUGCACUUUAAUGAUAUGUUAUUUUUGAAAGAUGUAUGUACUACUCACGGUGCCACAAAUAAAUCAAUUUUCUAUCUACAAGACGAAUCGAAUGACUCUGAAACAAAAUCACACAGUAGCUCAUCGCAGCUUAAUUCCACGCAAAAUAUCAAAAGAAUAAAAUCUGAACGAAAAUAUAACGAUGACGAAGAGGAUGAGAGUUGUGAUGAUCAAAUUGAUGAAUUAUCACCUAUCAUAAGAAAGCGAAUAAAAUUAACACCUCCAAAAGUUAUACAAUCAAAUUCGGAUCCAUUACGUAUUUCAACCGGUGAUUUGGAAAAGAAAAAAAUAGAAAUUUUACAAAAAGAUAGUACUAAUUCACCAGAUUAUCAUUUUUUAAUGAGUUUAUUGCCAACAUUAGAAAAAUUACCUAAAGAGAAAAAAAUGUUGAUCAAAGUACAAAUGUUAUCAAUGCUAUACGAAGCUACAUUUGGACAACAAAUGCCGUCAGAUAAUUUAAAUCGAUCAUUUAAAUCGAUUUCAUCAGCGAAAUCAAAAAGAAUUGUAGAAGAUUUUGAUGAUAGCAUAUCGACCUAAAUGUGAGAUUUCAGAUGUUCGUAAAAUAGAUUCAAUUUUGAAUAUUUUUUAGUAUUAUUGAGCCAAAAGAUCUAAAUUAAAACUUUAACAACAGUUUAUACGAUUUUACUUGGAAUACGAAUCAAUCUACUCCUAUUAUUUCAAAAACGUUUCUCUGCACAAAAGUUACUUAUUGAUUACUUUAAAAUGUUGUAACAGGCACAAAUUUUCGUUAAACUGUCUCGAGUUAAAGGAAUUUUAGCGUAUUCAAAAUU